CUGUCUACUCUAGCGCUCUCUAAACUCUUCAUCAGAAACAUGACUAGCAGUAUUCUUUUCAGCGUGAAGUGAGCCUUAAACAGCAUUUCAAACGGGGUGAUGUCUCAGCUGAGUGUGGUGUUCGGGGGUUCCCGGGGCAUCGGGAAGGCGGUCGCCAUGCUGUUGGCACAGAGGGGACACAGGGUCAUUGUCGUGUCCAGGAAUCAUGAAGCAGCACAAACAACAGCUGACUCGCUCGCUGGAACCAACCACAUGGCCCUGUCCUGUGAUGUGUCCAAUGAACAGGAAGUACAGAAAACUUUUGAGACAAUCCAAAAGACCUGCGGUUCAGUAGGGUACCUGGUUAACGCAGCUGGCAUUAACAAAGAUGCUCUGCUGUUGAGGUCUAAGUCUGAAGAUAUGGUGUCUGUGCUGCACACCAACCUGCUAGGCUCCAUCUUCACCUGCAGGGCGGCGCUACGGAGCAUGCUAACUAAAGGAGGUGCCAUCGUCAACAUAGGCUCGGUGGUGGGUUUGAAGGGGAAUGCUGGUCAGUGUGUCUACAGUGCAAGUAAAGCAGGACUAGAAGGUUUCACAUGCUCUCUGGCCAAAGAGGUCGCGUCCCGAAACGUCCGAGUCAAUCUGGUUGCUCCAGGGUUCAUCCGGACGGACAUGACGGCCGGCGUGCGGGAAGAGGAGGCGGUGCGGCGGAUCCCUCUGGGCAGGUUCGGAGAGCCCGAGGAUGUGGCCCAAGCUGCGCUCUUCCUCCUGGAGUCGCCCUACAUCACAGGAGAGGUGCUACUGGUGGAUGGAGGACUGCAGCUGGCCAUGUAGACUCUGAACAAUCUCCACCAACUUAUUGCAGGUCCCUCCAUCAGUACUUUGCUGGUGCGGUCCAUCACUCUCACCGGAGAAGUGGAACUAGUAAGCUACUGAAAAGGCAAUGUAUGGCAUUUUCCAAUACGAACUACAAUAAUGUGAUUGCACUACACGGAGAAAAUAAACUCUGUCCCCGGGGACUUACUUAAGAAAGUCCUUAGAUGAUAGGUUUUUAAUUGAAAUUGCUCAGAAAUCAAGUAUAGUGCUGGCGAGAAUAAUAAUUCGGGUUUGUAAGAAUGAUAUGGAGACAGGACUGAUCUUUAUCAUGGAAAAAAAAACAAAUCUAAUUGUGGCUGACUUAUUCAAUAGGGCGUGCGAGUACAGUGUCUGUACGCCUCUGAAGGU